GAGCAAAAAGCGCACAGAGGCGAACAUCCAAUGGGUCAAUCUCAGCGACUUACGCACUUACUGGACUCUGUCUGCAGCCGUCUUCUUCUCUUGGACUGAGUUGUUUCCACACGUUUAGCAGCGAGAAGUUUCUUGGAGAGUAACUUUUUUUUCCCCCCCGAAACCACUCGCGGGGACGCAGCAAUGACAGCCGAGUUUAUUACGCUGAUUCGAAGUAACUAAGACUCGCAUCCCGCUGCAUCCGAUCUGAUUUCGCCUGUUGUGGAAGAUAAAAAGAAGAUACAGGAUGAAUUCUGCCUUCAUAGCUGUGUUACUCGGAGUGGUCGGGGUUCUGGCCAAUAAGGAGGAAUGUUUUUCGGGUCAGUACACGACCAGCGGAGAGUGCUGCAAGCAGUGCCAGCCCGGAGAGGGAGUCGUCAAAGCAUGUGGAGCCACUCAAACGGUCUGCGACCCCUGCCUUGACAGUGAAACCUACUCAGAAAACUUCAGUCACACAGAGAGAUGUCAGGCCUGCACGGUGUGCACAGGUCUAUACCGCAUGAAGGCGCCCUGCACGGACUCCAACAAUGCCUUCUGCGUGUGUAACUAUGGCUACUACCUGAAUGAAAUCUCACAGCGCUGUGAACCCUGCACCAAGUGUCCAGAAGGCCAAGGCAUGCUGUACAGCUGUGACUAUGACCAUGACACAUUGUGUGAGGUGUGCAAUGGGGACACGUACUCGGACCAGGAGAGUUCUCGGGAGCCUUGCAUCCCCUGCUCCACCUGUGAUGAAGGAGAAAUGUUGCAGGAAUGCACUCCUGUCACUGAUACAGUCUGCCAAGUUACCUACCCUUCAGUUUUCCCCUCCAUACCUUACAAUGGUUCCCCCAUGACUCCCUAUGACGUCUUUGACGGAACCUCAGAUGGACCUCCACCGGAUGGACUCUCUACUGAGAGCUCUACCACCACCACAACCACCAAUGGUGACUCCCAGGAGCGGCUCUAUCAGGGUCUGAAUGACAAGCUCAUCCCCAUCUACUGCUCCAUCCUGGCAGCAGUAGUGGUCGGCCUUGUGGCCUUCAUCAUCUUUAAGAGGUGGAACAGCUGCAAGCAGAACAAACAAGGAGCAAAUAACUGCACCACCAACCAGAACCAGACACCAUCACCUGAAGGAGAGAAGCUGCACAGUGACAGCGGCAUUUCAGUGGACAGCCAGAGUCUGCAGGAGCAGCAGGCGCAAACUCAGGCACACACAGCUGUCACCAUGGACGAGGAGCCAUGUUUACUCCUUCCUCUCCACACCAGAGAGAAAGUUGAGAAGCUGCUGUUCAGCGGCAGCGAAGGCAACGACUGCAACCACAUGGAUGAUAGCGACUGGUGCAACCUGGCAGGCCUCCUGGGAUACGAGGAGGAGCGAAUUGCCACCUUCAGGCAGGAGGAGCAUCCUGUCCGCGCCCUCUUGUCCGACUGGGCAGGCAAGGACUCCGCCAGCAUCGACGCACUGUGCAAGGCACUGCGCAAGAUCAAUCGUGACGACAUCGCUCAGAGCCUAGUUCUCAGUCCAAGUGCUGCAAAGCCAACAGCCACUUCUGUGGUGUGAUAUAAACACCAGAACCUUAAGCAUAGCAGCCUUCAACAACCUAUCUUAAUCCAUACAAUUCAUGCUACAACCACUUUCAGCUUUGCUGUCAUAAAGCCAGCAGGCACAAAGAGGAUCACAUGUCACAAAUUCAGAUAAAUUAUUUCAUGUUCGGAUAUGAAGCCAAGACCAACACUUAGCCAUCAGGAUCUUCUUAUAAUCAUUUUAUUUUCACAUGAAAUAAAGGCUGGCCCAUGUAGGAGGAAAUAGUACAUACUUAUUACUAACUAAACCCUGGAUGUCUACCUGACCUUACAAACAUUUAGCCUCAAGCUCACUGUUUUCAGACUUUUCAAACUAAGGAGCAGCAAUGAGCUUUGUGCUGAAAACAUGGUGGAUGUCCAGCUCUUUAUUCCCUCAGUUUCAUCUCCUAAAACUUUCUUCUUCAUUCUUAUACAUAGUCAGUGUUUCCUUCUUUUGUAGCACUCGUAUGCCAGUAUUGUUUCUCUUAAGGUUGCUUUACAAAUCUACGCUACCAAAGAGGACUUAAUGUCUCAAGACCAUGUCUGUCAAGUGACAUCAUUUAAAUGCCAUGUUAAGACAUUUUUAAAUUGAACUUGUCAAAUGACUCAUGUCUGUUACUGCUACCCGACAAGGCCUGCAUACCACAGUGUAUCUGGAUCUUUGCAAAGAUGACAACCAGAGGAAGGAUGCUUGGACUGGUUUCAGAUGUUAUCCUUCAGCACAAACAAAAGCCCAAGUCCAGCUUUUUACCCUUAUUUUGAAAGCUUGUGUGAGGUUGAGGACUUUGAGCUGGAGCACAUGUGGAAUAAAUGUCAAGUUUGGCUUUGCUUGAGUGAUAUCUGCAGCUUCUUUUUCCUGACAAGUGCUGUAAAAACUGAAGGCUGGACAUUCACAGACUGAGGGAACAUGAGACUCUAUGUGGCCUAUCUGCAUAACACAGGAGCCCCCACACAGACCCCUUCAGUCUGACCCAGAAAAGGAAAGGACUCAUGACAUCCAGUAACGACUGUGUGAAGUGUUUGUACAUAGGCACACAUGAACUAAAACAUUCUGUACAUACACACAUAGGCAAAUAGUAUGUAACCGUCCAUGCAUGCACUGUACAAACACCUGACAUCAUGUAUACAUUUACAUUCUCAUUCAUUGUGUAAAUCACCUAAAACGUCAGAUCCUGACAUAUACUGUAUAGAAAACUCUCACAAGGGGACCAUAUACUGUGUAGUCUAGUUACUAAUUAGCCAUAUAAGGUACUUCAGUGUCUUUAGAAAUAAUGCCUAAUAUCCAUAUGAUUUGCAAAAUGUGCUAUAGAUGGAGUUGCAUGUAGAAAUACAUAACAACAUGCACAUACAGUGGAAUCAAAAUGCAAAAGAAAAAUCAGGUUUCUUUUUGCUUAAUUUCUCAGGGUAAUCUUAAAUGAUUCUGUUACAAUGCCAGUUAUCCAACCCAUUUUAACAUUUUUCCAAGAGGAGAUACCUUUUCUGUGAAAGCAGUGAUUCUUGCGACUGACAAUCCUUCAAACAGGUGAAGAAGAGGGGGACAGAGCCAGGGGAAGAGAAAAAGAAAAAAGGGUGUCAUGUUUCUUUAUUGUUUGCAACAAUGACCUCUGGAUAAAAGGCAAGUCAGUGGAGACAUAAGUCAACGGAUGUGGGAUGAAUCAAGACAAUGGGAAAAGGUUUAGGAUUACUUAAACAUAAAACCCCCAAAUCUGCAUUUGCAUUAAUCAGCUUGUUUGGCACCUUGUACAGCAUUUAUUCAUGGAAAUGAUUGAUUUUGAAGAAUUUUUUGCUGCCAUCAUUUUUGGGUCUUUAUGGAAGCAUUCCAGCUGCUAGCUGAGGGCCUUUAACUGCUAUGUGUUUAGUCUUGUUUAUUUUGGAGGAAAUAUUUGAAGGAGCGAGUAGUAUGUUACACUUUCCAACAAAAGCAUAUUUGCUGGUUGUUCUUUAGUACAGACUGUGCAUUGUUACCAACAAAUAGCACACUGAGCGUCAUGCUGCAGUGCUACUUUAAAUGAAGGUAUUCUGGUUUUUAAGGGUCUUUAUAUUUAAAUAUCCAAAUAAUAACAGUGAAUGGUAUUACACCUCUUUUUAUUGUUCUGAAUUGUAGCACUUAAAUGUGUAAUUACGUAUGUCUGUUUUGCAUCACAAGUGCCUGGGAACUAUUUCAGGUGUCCGCUGAUGUACAUUGUUUCUAGCUUUUUUAUGAAAUAUUUUAACAUUUUUGUUGUUGACUUGCAAAAAUAAUAGGUAUUUUCUAGUGUUAUUUGAGUGAAGGCCCAGAGGGCUUUACUGUCAGUAACUGUGUAUCUGUUUGAAUGAGAAACUGUUUCAGUAUCAAUGCUGUCUUUGAAAAAGGAUAAGAAGGGCAAAAAGGAAGUGAGCUGCCUUUGUGAUGUAAAUGGUGCAAUGAACGGAUAAAUCACAACUUAAAAGCUUCAAUUGUCCAUUUGGAAAAACAUUGCCUGCCAUCAAACUCAGUCAGAAAUUCAGAAUAAUGUAAUGGAAGCCAAUGAUUUGAGUGCCCUGGACCAUAAGUCAGGAUUUUGCAAUAUUUUGCACUUUGGGAAUACAGUUAUUGGCUUAUUUUGCAAAGUAAGAUUGCAAUAGCAAUAUCACUCUCAUGUAUAAGUCUACAGCCAGUGGCUAGCUAGCUUAACUUAACAGGACUGGAAACGGGAAGGAAGAGCCAGCCAAGAUCUGUCCUGAAGCAACAAAAACAGCCUCCCAGCAACAGUUUGCUCUGAUAAACACUGAUUUGAUUUGGUUGAUAAUGUUUGUUUGAAACAGAAGAAAAAUAAUGUAAAGUUGAGGUGUUUUGUUCAACUCUAUUCAUGCUGUUUGACGUAUUCUGUUAACUUCUGGACAGAGCCAUGCUUGCUGUUUUUCCCAUUCUCAGUCUUUGUACUUAGAUAGCAAACUGACUUAUUUUAUUAGACAAUUAAGAGGGUGGUAUGAAUGCAAUCUCAGAGCCAUUUGGCUGUCAUCUAAUAAUAUAAUGGCUCCUGGAACAAGGGCCAGCUCUUUGGGGCUUCUAGUAGUUAGGGAUAAAGGACUUUUGGCCACUUCCUAUUUUGUGCUGGUCAUUGUUAACAGCCAAGUUUUACAGUAGAUUGCUAGUUUAACCUCUCAUGCAGAUAACUGUUAAUAUAGAUUGAUAAAAUCCAAUGAGUUCUGGGAUUACAUUAUGGCCAAUGAUACCUACCCCUUUGCUCUCAACCCAAACAGUCAUCCUGCUUACAGCCAAAGCCAGACAUAAAAUCUUAUUUUUUUGUGUUACUUUAAGUUAAAAAUCCCCAAAUGUCAAAAUAAUGCUGUGAAUGAUAAACCACAAAUACAUUUUAAUUAUUUUUUUUUAAAUAGCAUAUGGGUAUUCUUCUGGUUAUAAGUCACUAUCAUACUGAUGUAUGAUCAUGUACAGUAAAUAAACCAAGGCAUAAAAUGAAUUAUUUCCCCAGAUUCCUGAACAAAAGUAAAAUGCUGCAUGUUGAGUAACAAUUUGAGAGAGACCCAUGCUCCCAAUUGUCUGGAAAUUUUUUAGAGCCAUGUGUUCAAUGCAAUAUAGCUAAAUUACUCUCAGAGUUUGUCCCCCCGUACAUAAUUAAGAAGGAAGAUGGAGGCUCUUUCCUAGGACAGUAUUUGUUUAUUUUGAUUAAAAUGAGAGAUUUAAUUGAGUAGCAGUGAACUGAAAUUGAAUUGCUUGUACAGUAAACCCAGUUGAAGGUGAACAUGUCAUGAUAUUGCACUUGUGUAAUAAAGUAAUCUUGCAGAUAGGGGUUUGAGGGUGGGAGGAAAAAUGAUUGUCUUUAGAGGCUACGGUUUUAUAGAAGCCCUGGUUAUGUAACUCAUAGUGACUGACAGUGGACCAGGACUGAAUUGUACAGAUAUGAGAAUUACUGAAUGUUACUUGUAUACUAUACUGUUCUAUACUGAAUGUGAAUUUUCAAAAUUCCAACAUCAGAUAAGCAGAUGAAUAAAUAAUAAAAUGUCAAACCCA